UGAAGUAAAAAAAACCUGUAACGUCAUCAUUCCAGUAAACAGGUAUCAACUUGUUGAAACAUGCGCCGCCUCAUCAAUUGUAAAGGUUAGUUUCUGGAGUUAUGCGAUAAAUUGGGGUCCCGAAAAAAGCGUCGCAGCGAGACCACUCAUUCCCGUGAGUUUUUUCACCGUUACGUCGAAGGAGUGAAAUAACAGCUAAUCGUAGAAGCCGCUCCACAAUUAGCCAUCGUGGAAACGUCCCGUGGUCGUGCGAUAAGCAGAGCGUCCAUUGAACGCGCGUCAAUGCCGGCGGCGCGGCAUUGUAGACGGCCGACCUUUGACCGCAGCGAGUCGUCGGUGCAAUUACGCCGUGCGCGACAACCUUGGCUUUUUCUUAUCCACUCAAUCGACGAUCUAUUCCGGCCGAGGUCCGCCCAGGUCGGCGCGCAGCUCGAAGUCGCGAUCAGACGCCAUCGACUAGUCGCGGUUAGUUCCAACAACGGCGUUUACGGAUUCCUUCUUCGAUUCCAUUGUUCGUACUGCUCGGCCCUGCUGUCGGCGUCGUGCGCCACCCCAUAUCAACAUGUACCACCCAUCGCCAAGAUACUUCAUAUGACGGAGGUACCACUGAAGCAUCUACUCCUGAGACAUCUCUCCAAGGCACCCUCUAUCCCGGAAGCGCUCUUCUCGACGUACCUCCACUUAUUGGAGACCGCAGCCAGUCCUGUAAUGCACCAAGAAUUCAAUAGAACUAUCAUGGAGCCCUUCUUCGAGUCUUGUAUCGUUCCAACCGAUGCUCCUCCAGUGUGCGAAAGGACUGCCGGCAUUCAGAUGAACGUUAAUCGAGAGCUGACUUCUGUGUCGAGUGAAUUAGAUGCUUGCGUCGAAUCGGAAUGCAGUGCACUUGAAAAUAGGUACCUGAAAGCAAGGGAGAAAUACAAAGCCAUGCGUUGGUGGAAGAGUCUUAAAAAAGGGAAGUCUAAGGUAAAUUCAGAUGACAGCUUUGUAAUAAGGCUUCUCUCAUUUAAUAUAUUGGCACAAUACCUCUUAGAGCGAUACCCCUUCCUGUAUAAGCAGCAUGAUAAACGAGCAUUGCCAUGGGAUGUAAGGAAACCAUUGUUGCUGCAAGAAAUAAUCGAGGCGGAUGCAAAUGUGAUAUGUCUGCAAGAGAUGCAGGAAGAUCAUUUGAAAGAUUUUUUAACUCCUUUUGAGGAGCUCGGUUAUAAAUACAUAUAUAAGAAACGAACAAAUGACAAGAUGGAUGGUUUGUUGCUGCUAUAUCGGGGGGACCAGUUCGAUGUGGUGGAAUAUGCCAAAGUGGAGAUGUUUCAAUCCGACAAUGAACUUCUUAGCAGAGACAACGUAGGGCUGGUUGUCAAGCUAGCCGUCAAGGAGAGCCCAAACACUCAGAUUGUUAUCGCAACGACUCACUUACUGUACAAUCCCAGACGAGACGAUGUCAGGCUAUGCCAGACGCAGUUGUUGUUCUCAGAAAUUGAAAGGAUUGCAUUCAUUGAAAAUACAGUGACAGGUCCAAAGUAUCAUCCGAUACUUCUGGCAGGUGACUUUAAUCUCGAACCAAACACUGGAGUCUACAGGUUUAUUACAGAAGGCUACUUCGAGUACGAAGGUAAAAGUCGUACCCUAGAGGAGGCUGACCAUCACCGUUUAUCUAAUUAUUUAAUGCCACCUCGUUUACAUAUUACGGACAAUUGCCAGCAUCUUAAUAUUUUAACAAAGAGGUUGUUCGAAAGCAAGAACACUGGAAAAGUCAUGUUGGAAAAUAGCGAAGGCAGAGCCGAAGAGGUGAACUCUUUGGUCGAAAGAUUUGCCCAUGGCGAGUUUGAUUCAAAAUCACUCAUUCAUCAGAGGGUGGAAAUACUUAACGGAUACUAUGUGAACUUCUCCUCGGGCUGUCUAACGCAUCCAUUCAAAAUGCAGAGUUUGUACAAACACGUCACGGAAGAUGGUAAAAGGGAGGCAACAACGAAUCAAGGAAGAUGGAUCACAGUGGAUUACAUAUUUUUCACCGAAGUCGAACCUCUCGAGAAAUAUGUAUUGCCCACAGUUGCGGAGUGUUCCACCUUUCCUACAAUUCCUAACUUCGUAGUGGGCAGUGAUCACCUUAGUCUUGGUGGAAGCUUCAAGUUGCAGAGAAAAGGAUAAUUUCAAUUCCUUCAUAUACCACUACCCUGUGACAGGGUCCUCGUGGUUUUGCCAAAAUGUGAUUUGCUGGUCAAUCUGCUGUUAUCUGUCAAGCUAAUCAGAUGGUACAACAUUGAAAUAGGUUAUUUUAAAGAACAGGCGCCAUGAGCUGUACAAAUAAAUUUUUUUUUUUUAUGUACGUUAGACAUUAAUUUGAGAGAAAUGGUACAAUCCUUAACGAGGACGCUCUGCAGUGUAAAUUGACGCAUCGGAAGAUACACCCGUGUACAUAGCAGAGGUUGUUACUUAUUUUGAAUAAAUAACUCUACAUUCUUAAAUCUAA